UUCUGGCUCGUAAAAUAAUGUCCUAAGGCCUACUAAUUGCGAGGGGAAAAAAAUAAACUUUACACUUCUGUCACGCUAAACCAGGCGAACUGGACCCUUUAAUUACACACCUUCCAUAGGAAAAAUACAUAUUCCUUUCUAUCACACUCUUAUAGCAUGAGCAUGAUUAGCAAAGCCAAGUUCGCAAUAAUAACACAUAUGUCACAGAGGCCACUUAAUAGGUUGCAGAAAAAGUAAAAUAAACUUUUACACUGAUGUUGUGGUGCUUUGCUUUUUGCAGUCAUUGUGUCAUAACCGGUAUUUCAACACAUUUUUAAGAGCAUUUGAAUAAUUGUAUAUACAGGGCAAUUUAAAGACUAGGUCGCUUUACGCGAUACUCUUCUGGAAAAUAAAGAGUCUGAAUAUUUAAUUUCGAAUCGACAACACCAUGAAACCAUAAUAAAGACAUAAAUUUGCAAAAAUAAUGCAGUCUGCUAAAAUAAUCUCUCAUUUAUUAGGCUGGAGGAUAUUUGCUGGGAGGCACAAAAAUGUUCAACAUAAUUUUACAUUUCAUUUUCUUUUGCACCAAACACAUAGACGUCGUUGUUCAGUGUAAAUUUCAAAUAAAAAUAAAAAAUACACAAUCAGCUCGACAUUAAUAUGCCGAUGCAUGACUUACUUCAGUUAGGAAUCUUACAUACGACCAAAAGCAUAAUAAUACGAUAAACAUUUGAACGCCUUGCGACCCAAAUCUGCGAAAACGAAUAUUCACAUCAUAGCUUGUAGAUUUCUUUACAAUACUUGCAUAUUUUACAUUGAAAUAUAAAAAUAUUUCAGCACAAGUUAAACACUAAUCUACAGCUUUGGGAAUAACAAGAAAACUGAAAGGAAAACUAAAACAAACAUACUCUCAAAUCCGUCUCACCUCCCGAUCACUGCCGACAGGGUUUUAAUAAAUCACAAGAUGGAUAAAUGAAACUUCCUUUAACCAUCUCAAGCUCUGCAGACUUAAAUGUUUACAAACCAAACAGUGAGUGUCUUAAAGAAAUCCCUGCCGCAGCAGCAGUCGUUCCUUUGUUCUUCCUGUUGAGGGCCUCCUGCUCUAUGCAGCAAGACUGUCACUAGGUGGCGCUCACGCUCCACCAAAAGCCUCCAGCUUUCCCAACUUGACCGCGCUGACGUCACUCUAGUCUGGAGCAUCAAGGCCACUUCCACGCCGCUAUUGGUCUGAAGCUCACAUGACAUGUCUCCGAGCAUCCAUAAUUGUGUUUGAGAUAUUUGUUUGCAACCCCCUCCAAAAGAUGUCAGCAUCCUACUGUCCUUGUUCUCCUGCUGGAACCCCGCAACUCAGAGCGGCUGGAAACACCAAGUGAUCACCCCUCAAGAGUUAUCACAUGCAAAUAUGACAUGUCCGAAUAACAUAUCGCCCGGUAACUUCCUGAUGGAUUCCUUAAUGGGAGGAUCAUCUUCCUACAGGGCUGAGGGCUACUCCAGCAAUCCGGGAAUGUACAUCCACUCCGCUGCAGAGUACGGAUACUCAGUAAUGAGGAACAUUGGGAAGGUUGGCUCAUCUCCACUCUCCAAAAGAGACGAGGUUGCUCCUGGCGGCGUCUCGCUCGGCGGCUUCCAGGAUGCGCCCUACCUGUCAGCGCAGCUGGCCACAUGGACCCCAGGCUCCAAAAGCAGCAGGGACGAACAACCUGUUGCCCACCAGUGUUUACAGCCCUGCUCGUUUUCAGCGGGCAGCGUCAAAGAGGAGGCGUUUUGUUGCCUCUAUCAAGAUGACAGCAAUAAGGGGAAACAGACAACAGAGUCGGCCACUUACAUCCGGCUCGGAGACAAUAGCUGCGGGCGGCCUGAGCAGACUGCAGCCUCGUCCAGCGGCGGUUAUUUCCAGGUGUACGGCGGGGAGAGGCCGCAGCAGGACGAGCAGCAACAGCUGUCCUCCGGCUUUAUUCUGACCCACUUGGCCUCAUCUGUUGAAACAGCAACAAAAUCGACAGUGAGCUGCAGCAAAACCGCACAGGAGGCAGCCAGAGAGGCUCCUAAAGCAGAUGAGGCUGAGAGCAGGAAGGAAGACAAGGCCAAGAGUGACAGCUGCUCAGAUAACUCAGACGUGGAAUUAAAAGAUGAUUUAUCCGCGGAAAGGACAACAGGAAGCUGGUUAAAAGCCAAAAGUGGAAGGAAGAAGCGGUGUCCCUACACAAAGCACCAGACGCUGGAGCUGGAGAAGGAGUUCUUGUUCAACAUGUAUCUGUCUCGGGAGCGCCGCCUGGAGAUCAGCCGCAGUAUCAACCUGACCGACAGACAGGUCAAGAUCUGGUUCCAAAACAGACGCAUGAAGCUCAAGAAGCUCAACAGGGAGAGCCGAGAAAGGGAGCAGAGUGCAGUUUACAACUAUUCCUGAAGACACUUUUAGCUGCAGACAUACCACACACACAGACACGUCAAGGGACAGGUAUAAACAGACAUGCAUGCGUCAUUUUGUAGUACUUUUAUCAGUUUUCUGUUUAUGUGCACACACACAUACACAUUUAGGGGGCCUUCUAUGUGAAGAGGGAAGCUGCAACUUGCAGAGAAAAUUGGAGGGUUGAGGUGCAGUUGUUUUUAUGAAGCUGACUAUCGAGGCAGCCUCAGUCAGAUGAUACAUUUACAGUGACACUUUCACACUGCUGAGCUGUUCUUAAUGUUUUGUCACUUGUGUGCUGCUGCUUCUUCGUUUUGGUGUCUGUGGCAUUUCCGUGCUGUGUAACGUGCAUGCACAAGGUGACAUUAAGCUCUGUCAUGCUAAACGGUUCCAAAAUAAUAAAAAAGGAGGAGAAAAUGGA